AGUCUCAGUAAGAAAUCUCUUCUACCAACAGCCGAUCGGUGCAUUUGCCGAAAGACGCGCGUUCGAUCAUGAAUAGAAUCGUAUUACUUUCACUGUUGUCCUUGGCCGCGGCCGCACCGGUAAUCGUCGAUCAACGUUACAACCAUGAGGAUCUAAUGCGGAUAGUAAGACAUUUGCAAGAUAUCAAGAGAUCGGACCAUGACAAUUUUGGAAGUUCUGGAGAUAGUGGUAGCUAUGGUGGUGGUAGCUAUGGUGGUAGUGACUAUUCCGGUGGCCACGGAGGUGGUGGUUUUGAAGCUUCCGCUGGACAUUUAGAGUCUGGUGGAGGUCAUUUAGACGGAGGACAUCAGGAUUAUUCUUCAUUCGGUGGAUAUGGUGGACAUGGUGGUGACGAGGGUGGUCAUGGAAUUUCUUUAGAUGGCGGACAUAAUUUUGUUCACAGCGUACCAAUUUCAGAACACGUUGAAGUUACCAAGCCCAUAGCUGUGCCAGUUGUUAAGGAGAUAGGUAUACCGGUGCCACAACCAAUAAAAAUUGGUGUUCCACACCCAGUUGCUAUCGGAGUUCCACAACCAUACCCAGUAGCAGUACCUGUAUCAAAACCCGUACCUAUUCAAAUUGUGAAGACGGUAGCUGUGCCCGUCGAAAAAAAGGUUCCAUAUCCCGUAGAGAAACAUAUACCUGUGCCUGUGGAGAAGCCAGUUCCCAUAACGAUUGAAAAACAUGUGCCAGUUCCGGUGGUUAAGCCUUAUCCCAUCAGAAUCCCUGUCUAUAAAACGAUCUACCAUCAUGCGAAAAAGGGUCAUUAG